AUUAUUCCUAUUAUUAUUCCUAUUAUCGUUCCUGUUAUCAUUUCUAUUAUUAUUCCUACUAUUAUUAUAAUAAUUAUUAUAUUUUAUUUCUAUUAGUACUCCUUAGUUUUUUAUCUCGCCAUUUUUUAAACAUUUUUAUUUUUUUACGCACUCCGUAUUUACUAGAACAAGUACACUUAAAAGAAAAGCUAUUAGCAACUUAUUUUUCGGCAGAAGCAGUAGUGAAAAAUUUAUUUUUCCAUAUAGUAGUAAAGCAAAUUUAAAAUUAAUUUUUAAUUUUUUAAAAAAUUAAAGCUGCAAAUUAUAAAAAAAAAAAAUACCCUUGCGUUAGCUAAUUUUGCGAGAUACAUUUAUCAUACUAUUAAUAAAAAAUACACAAAAAUUUCCUUCCAGCUAAUAUCACGAUAACUUUAAAUAAUUAUUAUUUUCUGAAAAAAUGUAUAGAAUUCUACUUGCUAAAAUUUUUGUAUUCACCUUCUGCGCUUGGAUAUUGCGCGCCGCUGAUAAUGAAAAGGGCUUAAGCCAUAACGUGAACAAUGGAGCAAAAAAUGCGCAAAAUGGUAUGCAGUUAAGAGUAUCUAGAUUGCUUUCAGUAAGCGAUUUAGAUUCUGAAAUGGAUGAUGGCAGCUUUGAAAGCUUAGCCAGUUCACGUGUAAGUGAUGACAGAGAUGAAAGGAGAGAAGAAAUGGACUCAAGUUCUUUCAGUUUAGAUGACCAGGAAGAAUUGGACCCAGAUUUGGAAUCAUUUAAAGAAUACAUCAGACAUGUGACAAACAGUGAUAAAUCUUUUAAGGAAAAAUUUGAAGAGACAAAAGAUUAUAUCAAAAACAUGGACCCAAUGACAAGAAAAAAAAUUAAAAGAGAAAUCAAAGACAAGGUAAACGAAAGCAGACGUAUGAAGCAUAGAAGAAAGUGCCAGAAAUUGCAUGGCAUAUGCAAGGAUUUGUAUAGAGAUUUACAGUACGAAGACUACAAAAUGAUGUCUAAAAUGCGCAAGAUGGAAAAGAAAAUGUCAGUUCUUUUCUUCGGAGCCGGUGUUCUAGCAGCUGUUAUGGCCUUCUUCAUGUUCCCAUUUGAAUUAAUUUCCUGCUCUGGUGGACUCGUCCUUAUGGGGCUCGUUUUAAUUUUCUUACUCUUCAAGAAAAUCUAAGCAGGGCAUGAAACGGGGGGUGAAAAAGGAAAAGGAAAAGGAAAGGAAAAAGGAAAAGGAAAGGAAAAGAUAAAAGGAAAAGAAAAAGGAAAAGAACAAAAAUUAGAGGAAAAUCAGGAAUGCAGAAACUAUAAAUGAGCCUUUUAACAAAUGGACAUUUCUUCCCGUAUAGCAACCAAGUUGAAGUUGAAAUAUUUUUAAAGGCAUUUUGAGUAAUAUCAAACUAAGGAAAGAGAGAAGCUCCUCAGACUUGGAACAAAUUAGCGGUUGGAAGUAUAAGCUUAUAGGAUUUGAUUUAGUAGGUUUUUUAUGCGCAACAUGUGAAGAGCUUAAUUUUGGGACCCCUAUGCUCACGAGUGACGAAAUAAACUAAAUACGAUCUUCAUUUAAUGGAUGACAUGUGCUAUUAUAACCCUUUUGAAAUGUAGAGAAUUGCGUAGAACGUCCAGAUGUAAUUACCAUUUUCAUGUUUUGAAUUAAGAUCAAAAAGGAGGGGUUCGUAUUUUUUAUGAAGAUAUAUGUACCCCUAAUUGAUCUUCAUUAGGGGCACGCAUUUCUUUAUACGAUUUAUGAAGCGUUCCUUUUGAGAGAAUUACACUGUGCUGAAUUAAUUUACAUUUUUCAUUUUCGCUCCUGUCGUAAAUUCUGUGCAUCUCUGAGUCAAAGGUCGAUCGUAUUUAUUUUUUUUUCUCACAUAUAUUGUAUUGUGCUAUAUAGUAUAAUAUUUCAUUACCAUACAUUACAUUAUAUUAUGUUAUAUUGCUUAUGUUAUAUUGCUUAUAUUAUGUUGUGUUAUAUUGCUAUGUUAUACUGUAUUGUAUUAUACUUUAUUUUAUUACCAAGGAGACACACGUUUUAGCUAUUUAUUGAACGUAUUCACUCUUCAUAUGUUUAUUGAUUGCAUGAGUUUCACCCUGUAGUUAUAAGAAAUCCGUUUCGAAAAAAUUAAAAAGGAGCGUGUAUGUGUUUAUAUAAAUUCAUAUGCAUGUAUGUAUGAAAUAAAUCCUUUUCCAAGACUUGAACGAACCAUUAUUUCUGCAUUUUCCUGCGCCAUACCACAGACCGAAUUUCUUAGCACUGUAAAAUGGACAGGGGGGCCACUACUGUUUUAGGUGUACCCAAGCAAAUAGGGCAUGAAAAAUGAU